GCUGCCCCGCGCCCCGGCCCUGAGCAGCCUAGGCUGCGCUGCCGGCGGAUUUUGACUCCAGUCCCGUGACAGAGCCCUGGAUCUGGCAAACUGGAGCUGAGCCGUUGCCGGUUCCCUCAAUUAGGAAGGCUUCCUGACUUUUGUUUAAUCCCUCGCUUAUUAAUGGCGCUCACCUCUUUGAUCAAAGAUCAGCACUGAUUUCAAUUAGGGUUGAGCAAGAACCCAGUGACAGGAAAGGCUGUAUCAGGAGGAGCAGCUGCUGUGCCCUGAAGGGUUUCUUCACCCUCAUGACCAAAAUCUAUAGUCAUAGGUGAAGCGUAGUUAUUCCCAACCGAGCUAGAGAAAGCUCUUGUAAUCCUUUGCUGGCAAAAUAGCUCUGCUGAAAUAAAAGCAGGCGGCACUGCCUGCCUGGGGAGCUCCAGUUCUUCCCAUCUCGAGCGCAAGGGAGGGACCAGGCCCUUCCUACAAAAGGGUGAAGCCACGAAAAGAUAAGCUUGGGCUUCACUUUCGGACAUUGCUGGGGUGAGUAGCUAUACUGUAUCUGCCCGGGGUUUUUAAUACCUGUGUCUUUGUUAACUCUAGCCAUGCCUGUUAGAAGGAAGGCUCUCCCUCCUCUCCUGCAGAGGCGCAUGAAAACUUUAAUAGAUCCAGAUGACCAAAUAAGAAGCAAAGCUGGGUUCUUAAAGCAAUGAAUGAUGGGAUGGACCCUCAAGGGGAAUAAGUAACACAAGUAUAUUUUGGGGAGCUGUGGGGAAAAAAGGGAAGUGAUGGAUUUACUAAAUAUUUGCAAAGCCACAAGAACAAAUUCUGAGCUAUUGUCUGAGCACAUGCCUGUGAGAACAGAAGUGCAAUUAUUUGAGUACCACACUAUGUGGUGUGAUACUUGAUGCUCUCCUGACUACUCUAUGUUGAUAAAAACUAGGGAUUAUAAAAAGAAACAGUAAGAGUUGCAUCAGAGGAUACCAAAGCAGUGGGAGAGGGAAAGCCACAUCAGAAGGAGACAAGUGGUUGGGUGUCAGCCACAGGUACAGGGGUGCAUGGCUGCCUUUGGCCAACUUCACUAGAAACUUCUGCUUUGCUACCCAGCAAUAUUAGAAAGCAAGAGAGUGCAUGGCAGGGCCAGGCUCUUUAUGUUGUGGAAACAACUAAAAGAAUAGCUGGCUGGCUGGAAGAUAGAUGCACCUGCUACUGCAGAGAUGCACCACUCAUCAACAGCAACCACAAAACCUAUGAGAUGUAUCUCUUCCUGAAGUGACCAACUUCUGGAAAGGCAGACACGAGGGAUGUUGAGAUGGCAGAGUGGGAGGCAUGGUGUUUGAAUUGGUAGCCUAGAAGUGGCCAGGGUAGGAAUAAGAGAUGGUGCAAAAUGUGGCAGGGGCAUCCCCAGGGCAUUUGCAGCCACAUGAAUAAAUUAGAGAGACAUGUUCUGGUGCAAUUUUCCCAGCUGCUGUCCUUCCUGUGCUACCAAUGAUCCAGCAUCUGAGCUUCUAACCCAGAAAGUUGCAUGUUUGGUGUUUUCAGUUGUAGUAAGGUAAAUACUUUGUCCUCCUGCCUGACUUGGUUUUACUUUGCUGCAGCCUAUUAUAGGGAAGUUAAUCAAGUCACCAGAAGUGAAGAGCUGAGUGGAAAAUGUGGUUUUCUCCUCCAAAAUCCAUUUAGAGGAAAUGUUUUGGGAAAUAUUUUGCAGAAAACAAGAUAACUUAUAUUUUUCAGUAUUUUUUAUUUUUCAUCAGAAACUCAAUUUUUGGUGAAAAUUAUCAUUAGCCAAAUAUUUCCUUUUGAAUGUGUCUUCCAGCAGAAAAUGCUGUGGAAAAAAAAUGCAUAUUGUUCUACUUGAACCUCCCUUCGAAGUUAUCAUCCAGGUUAUAAAAAAGAAAGCAGAGAGUAACAUGAUAAUUUUUGUGAGAGCAAACAGAGACUGAGGGUUUGUGCUGAGAUAGGAUGGAGCCAUUGGAGGCCAAGGAAAUCUCAGAAGGGUCCUCAAGGCACCCAGAAUCACCUUGUCUGUAAUACAGUGAUUUUGGAAGGAGCUUGACUUGGAAAUAUUACUGGCUUUUCCCCUAGAAAUAUUUGAAUUUAUCUCUGUCUUAGGGCUGUAAUUUUUUAAUCUCUGGAUGUGGAUUGAUGGUGUGACUAUGGUAGGAUAAUUCGUCUAUCUUGUCUACUUGCUUAUCAGGGAAAACAUGUUCAUCCUGUGAAUCAUUUGAACAUCAAAUUAAAAAGUUGAUUAAAGUCUUUCAUGAGCAAAGAAAUACAUUGUUCCUGCAUGCUGGAUUGGGGCCACCUCCCAAGUGGCUUCUGCCCUCGCUGAGUGUGGUCCUGUCACCAAAACUCUGGUGGCUGCUCUGGCUCACUGCCCAGCUUGGACUGUGUCCCCAUGGCAAGCCUGCCCUGUCCCACCUUGCUGGCCCUGCCAUCACUACCUCUGCUGAGCAGGGCUGGCUGGGAGAAGGCACUUGGCACCUUCCACCUUUGCCUCCCACAGACAAAAAAAGAAGGUAAAUGCCAAAGAAGGAAGAAAAUAAAAGUCAGGCAAGACAUCUCCAUCCUGCAGCAUCUGUGGCAAUUGCUGAGACUCUCUGGUAAAAGUCCUUCCCUGUGUGUGCUACAGGCAACAGCUUGGGGCUCUUUGCCAGAGAGGGAUCAGGCUUUGCAUCCUCGAGGUGAGGAGCCCUGUGGCUUCACACACAAGAAGGCUGUGGCUCAGCUGGGAGUAGGAGCCAAGUCUUCAAGAUGAUAAUAAGCCUUAAUCAAAACAAUAUUUUUUUUUCCUUAUCAGAGUACUAUAAAAACCUGCCUUGCAUCUUUCAUUAACCUUCCCUUUUCAACACCCUAAAUUUUGGAAGACUGGGCUAGCCCUUGGGGCAACCAAAUGGUGCAACGCCUCAGUUUCCCUCUCACACUCUCCUGACAUGAGAAAAACACUGAGCAAGGAUUUUUCUCUAUCACAUGUCCUGCUGCUGGCACUGCAAACCAGACCAUUCAGAAAGGCUUUGGUCCCUGCCUCAUCAUUCAUGUGACUGCUGACUGAAUACAAAAUGUAAAAGGUUACCUGCUCCAUGCAGAUAACAUCAACUGGGGCACAUUUUUAACCGUCGCUGGAAACAGCAGCCACAUUCAUUGGACCAGUGCUGGAAAAGAGUCACCAACCCAGGGCUUGCAAUAUUUUCCUCAGCAGACCAUGUCUUCCUCCAUCAAAAUUGAGUCUGUUGUGAAGGAGAAGAACCGGAUGGGAGAGUGCCCAGUGUGGGAAGAAAGGGAGAAUGCACUUGUCUAUGUAGACAUCAACUCACAGAAAGUUUGCCGCUGGAGCCCAGUCACCAACGAGGUGCAGAGUGUGUCUGUGGAUGCCCGUGUUGGCUCGGUGGCUCUGCGGCAGGGCGGGGGCUACGUCAUCGCCCUGGGGACCACGUUUGCCUUCCUGGACUGGGACACACAGGCAGUCACCACCAUCCUCGAGCUGGAGCAGGAUAAACCCAACAACAGGUUCAAUGAUGGGAAAGUGGAUCCAAAGGGGAGGUUUUUUGCUGGUACGAUGGCUGAAGAGACAGCACCAGGGGUCCGAGCGAGGCGGCAAGGAGCUCUCUACACCCUCUUCCCUGACCACUCAGUAAUAAAACAGUUAGACCAGCUGGACAUCUCCAAUGGUCUGGAUUGGUCUCUGGACCACAGGACCUUCUUUCACAUCGACAGCCUGUCAUAUGCUGUCCAUGCCUUCAGCUAUGAUGUGCACACUGGAAAGAUUGCCUGCCCCAAGCUUUUGUACCAUCUGGAAAAGGAGGAGCAAAUGCCUGAUGGGAUGUGCAUAGACACAGAAGGGAAGCUGUGGGUGGCCUGUAUUGAUGGUGGCAGAGUCAUCCGCAUUGACCCAGAGACAGGAAAAAGAAUCCAAACUGUGAGGCUGCCUACUCCAAGGAUCACCUCUUGCUGCUUUGGUGGAAAAGACUACUCAGAAAUGUAUGUGACUUCUGCAUACGAUGGGCUGGACGAGGCCACCUUAGCCAAGGAACCUCAUGCAGGGGAGAUUUUCAAGAUAACAGGCCUGGGUGUGAAAGGGAUCCCACAGAAUUUCUAUGCUGCUUGAACCUGGACAUUAAACAGCAAAGAAGAAAGGCUUCCAUCUUGUAGUAACUCUGACUGGAAGAAGUCAAAUAAACUACAGAAUUUAUUUGUGUGAAGAUUUCUUAGCCCACAUUUGUGAGUGUGCUUGUUUGGAGUUGAAGAUAUUUCUUCUUCUGUGGGCCUGUGGCUUGAUGCAAUAGGUUAGAGAGGUAAAAUUAAUCUGUGUUACACCUUGGUAGCUUUUGUGGCUUUCCAUAAACCUCUAAAUGCUCAAGCAUAGUUUUGCUGAACUUUCUGAUGACCAGCUCUGGAUUUUCAAGUCUGUGCAGUUCCCCAAGCAGAAUUUGACUCCCCAUGUUACAGUGAUGCACCAGCAACGAUAAGGCAGAUUUUAAUAAACAUUUUAAGAAUGGUGCCUUGAACUGGACUGUUCCUCUGCUGCAGGAUUCCCCUAAAGUGUUUUUGUUUUUUUUUUUUUUUUUUCUUUUUUUAAUCAGAUCUAUUUGUAGUAUCCAGGUUCCACUUUUACACCCUCAUUAGCCCUUUUCCAGGCUGUCCUGUCUUUAGGACACCACUUAGGCUGCUGAAAAUAAACUACACAACCAUAUUUAAAGAA